GCUUUCUCUGACAUGCAAAAGUGAGCCAGACGAAACAGGAAUAGUACAGUAACAUCGACGAUUAGCUUGAAAUAUAAUGAAAAUGUGCUCGUAUAAGACUUACAACGCUGACAGCAGGUACUCAGAAACGCUUGGAAUACAUUUAAUCUUGUACUGAAACCAGAAGUGUAUGAAGUGGGCACGAGUGUAUGUCAAUAGUGCUGCCAUUAUAUGAACAGAUGACAGGAAACGCAAGGACUCGAGACUAAUCUUUUGUGUUAUUGGACCGGGACAGCCUGCUAAACUUUAGUUUCUGGAUAUAUGACGUGACAAUAACCAGUGCAUUACCUGAGGACUCUGAAGAUGACAGUCCCUCUGCCCUCCGGAGACGCACUGAUGGACAACGGCACCGAGAGCCUUAACGCCUCCACAUUCCUGUACUUCGCCUAUGGGAGUAACCUGCUGAAGGAGAGACUGCAGAUGAGGAACCCGUCCGCUGCUGUGCACUGCGUGGCCAGACUCAAGGACUAUAAGCUGGUGUUUGGCAAUCAUAAAGGGCUGGCGAGUCAGCGUUGGCAUGGAGGAGUGGCCACCAUCGAGCCCAGCGCGGGUGAUGCAGUCUGGGGCGUGGUGUGGAGGAUGAACAUGUCGGACUUGGAGUCUCUGGACAGGCAGGAGAAUGUGAAGAUGGGAAUCUACAGCCCCAUGGAGGUGUCUGUCUCCACCAGCGGCCAGCAUCUCCACUGCAGGACCUACAUCAUGAACAGCUGCAUCUAUGCUCCACCUUCACCACAGUAUCUGAAGGUGAUUGUGAUGGGCGCCGAACAGAAUGGACUUCCAGAAGAGUAUCAAGAGAAACUCCGAUCCAUCGAAACCAACAAAUACGAGGGCCGUCUGCCGGUGAUGGAGGAGCUGGAGAAAGCUCUGAAAAAAUCCAAAGAACGGACAGAAGAGAUUGAGUCUGAAGAUUAGAGAUGAUCAGAUCCACCCUCAGCAGUGUUCACCCGUAUCUCUAGUCUACACAGUGUACACUAUCACUAUGGUAACAGACAGGUUGGAUGUGUUGUUUACGCAGAUCUGGAGGAAUGUGCAGUAUUCGUGAUGUAUGGAAGCAGAAGAAUUAAAUCGCAUACACUCUUUUCUUCCUGGCA